GUUGUCAUCGUGCAAGUGUUUGCAGUAGUUGACUUUGUAUCAUACAGACAUACUCAUACAUACUCAUAGUUUAUGUGCUUAUGUGUAUAUGUGUUUUAUACAUCACUUUGACCAUAUUUACAUCUUAUAUAUAUAUAUAUAUAGCUUCCAUGAUCUGCAAUGGCAUCGGUCACUAAGAACACCACCCCACUACGCAAUAUUAAAGCAAACCAAAUGAAGCAUUACGAGCCGUACUGGACCACAGAAGCUAUUUCGCACGGGAUCAAAAGGGACGAGCUCAUAACAGGUGCUCUGAGAAUCAAUCCAAAGAACUAUGAAGAGGCUUACAUCACGUCGCCCACCGGCGGCAGCGACAUCGCGAUCCUGGGAAUGCGGGACCGCAACCGCGCGCUUAACGGAGACGUCGUCGCCCUGCAGCUCAAGCCGCGCUCCGAGUGGAGAGUCGCGUCGACCGGCGAGGGGAAGCGGCCGCCGCAGGACUGCGAUCGCGCGACGGCGGCCGCCUCCGCCGCCGUGCCUGACCUCUCGUCGCUGUCUGUCCGUGGCUCCCGACCCCUGACGAACCCCGACGGGAGCGCGGCGCCCUCUGGUGAUGACAACGACGACAGGUCCGCGCAGAGGGUCGGCCGCGUCGUGGGCAUCGUCGAGCGCAAGCACUCGCGCGCCGCCUCCGGCUUCCUGAAGCCGAUGCCGGGCGGGAAGAAGGACCUCGCUCUGUUUGCUCCCGUCGACAGCCGCGUUCCCCGCAUCGUCGUGCCGAUGGCCGCGUGUCCGGAGGACCUGCUCGUGCGCCCCGGCGACUACGCCAACACCCUGUUCAUAGCGAGGAUCACAGAGUGGGGGGAGAGCUCAAAGAUGCCAAAGGGGAACCUUCAGAGAAGUCUGGGAGAGGCGGGCGAGAUCGAACCAGAGACGGAGGCACUGCUCUUGGAAUACGAGAUCUACUCCGGCGACUUCACCGACAAAGAACUCGCCUGCUUGCCGGAAGUGAAUGCGGAAAAAUGGGAAAUACCGCAGGAAGAGUACGACACGAGGAAGGACCUUCGGAGCGAGUGCGUGUUCACGAUCGACCCGGCGACCGCGCGAGAUCUCGAUGACGCUCUAUCCUGCGUGCCGCUAGGCGACGGCCUGCAUCGGGUCGGGGUGCACAUCGCAGAUGUCAGCUACUUUCUGAAAGAAGACUCGGCCCUCGAUGAGGCAGCCCGCAGUAGAGCUACUAGCGUUUAUCUAGUACAGAAGGUCAUUCCCAUGCUUCCCCGGCUGCUGUGUGAACGACUGUGCAGUUUGAACCCGGACGAAGAUCGACUGACGUUCUCCGUGAUAUGGACGAUCACGGAGGAGGGCGAGAUCAUAGACGAAUGGUUCGGCAGGACGAUCAUACGGUCGUGCGUGAAAAUGUCCUACCAGCACGCACAGGGUAUCAUCGAGGAACCAGAGCGGACGUGGACGGUCGACGAACUGCCGCCCAUCACCGGAGGACACGGCAUCGACGACGUCAAGGCGUGCGUGCUCAACCUGCGCGCCGUCGCCCGCAGUCUGCGCCAGAAACGCAUCGACAAUGGAGCGCUGCGUCUCGACCAGGUAGGUGGCGCUGUCGUGCGUCUCGACCAGGUAGGUGGCGCUGUCGUGCGUCUCGACCAGGUAGGUGGCGCUGUCGUGCGUCUCGACCAGCUCGCCAUCUACUUCUGUACGGGCCGCCUGACGGACGAGAGCGCCUACCAUCACUACGCGCUCAGCGUGCCGCUCUACACGCACUUCACGUCGCCCAUACGACGCUACCCGGACGUCCUCGUGCACAGGCUCCUGGCAGCGGCACUAGGCUAUAGCGAGCCCACAACGCUGAGUCCUGCAGAGAUACAGGCGCAGGCAGAACUCUGCAACGACAAGAAGUACAAUGCAAAGCUAGCCUCGGAACGUAGCAAUCAAAUCUACUUCACCGUCUUUGUCAAGGAGUGUGAACCACUGGAGGAAGAAGGCAUGGUGAUCGGCGUGCUGGACCACUCGUUUGAUGUGCUUAUCUUGAAGCUGGGAGUCGUGAAGAGAGUUUAUUGCGAAGAUUUGCCGCUGCAGACGAUGUCGUUCGCGCAGGAGAGAGAGAAGCGGAUGCUCACGCUCGUGUGGAACCCCAUAGAGGGCGCCAGCAACACUCUUACGCAGGUCGUCACCAUCUUCUCGGUGGUCCGGGUCAAGCUGACGGCGGGCAAUCAGCCUUGCUCCUUCGUAGCUACGCUGCUGAGACCUGAGUGAGGCCAUCUAGAAGUCGCGCCAAGGUCGGACGGCCAUGUUUGCCGCUCGAUGAAGCAGAGGGGGGGUCGUAACUUCGUAAGGUCUCACGCAUUCGAUCGUCUCCGGUUUUCGGCCGAGGUCACUGUUGCUGAUAAGUCAUUUUUGACCAAGUCAGAUUACCCAGGUUGUAGUAGCUGAUGCAUGCAUCCAUCAAGCUUCGUGCUGUUUUUUUAUGCUGCAGUGAAGUUAUUGGCGAGUAACUUCGGUGGCGAAUUUGUACAAAAGUUUUACAUCUUGAGUCGUAUUUCAAUCUGGUUUUUCUGUCGGUAUUUAUUAAAGCGAAUUAUAAGUUGAGGAUAAUUGAUUGUGAAGUGCUGGUACAUAUUAUGAAGUACGUGUGAUGCAUUAUGAAGUAAUUUAAUGUUAUUUUGAAUUUUCCGACGUUGUGUUGUGAAUUUUGUUACGAAUAUGAUGAUUUCAAUGCCUAAUUUUUUCAUUAGGUAUGUCAGCUUAUGACGUUAUGACAGGGUAGAGCUCAUAGGGUCUAUGUCCCCCAGGGUACUGCCGGAACGUACCCUGGGUACGGUCCGG